AUGAUCAGGAGAUGUAUGAGUCGUGUUCACGACUUAAGGGAAGAUAUCGAUGAGUGCGCGAGUGGCCCAUGUCAAAAUGGCGGUACGUGCGACGAUGAGGUAAACGGCUACACAUGCAUGUGUCCCGUAGGUACAAAUGGUACAAACUGCGAGGCACUUGGGGACGCCUGUAUGAGUGACCCUUGCGAAAACGGAUCUACCUGCGUCAAUUUCGGAGCUGACUUCAUCUGUCUAUGCGCACCGGGCUUUGAAGGGGAUCUUUGUGACUUGGAUAUUGACGAAUGUGCUAGUGACCCUUGUUCUAAUGGUGGGACGUGUACUCAUGGAUUCAACGAAUUCAGCUGCCAGUGUGCUCCUGGAUGGACUGACAUUAUGUGUCUAUCUAAUAUCGAUGAGUGCGCGAGUGGCCCAUGCCAAAAUGGCGGUACGUGCGACGAUGAGGUAAAUGGCUACACAUGCAUGUGUUCCGUAGGUGCAAAGGGUACAAACUGCGAGACACUUGUGGACGCCUGUAUGAGUGACCCUUGCGCAAACGGAUCUACCUGCGUCAAUUCCAGAGCUGACUACAUCUGUGAAUGCGCACCGGGCUUUGAAGGGGAUCUUUGUGACUUGGGUAAGAUAUAAAACAUGUUAAAUAGGUAAAAUCAGGGUGUCACCGAAGGGGGGCGGGGGUAGGGAUGAGACGCAAGUCUCUGCAAAACAUUGUCGGAAGUUGUAGCUUUGAAAUUUUGUUUCUGCUUUUGAAUUUGGAGUUUGGAGUAUUCUUCUUCUUCCUCAUUUUCCUCCAUAUCUUCCUGCUCCGCCACCCCUUCCUCUUCUUCUGUUGCACCAUUUUCUCCUCCUUCUUCUUA